UUUUUUAUUUUUUAACACACUCUCUCUCUUCUCACUCUCACACUCUCACACUCUCUUACUCUCUUACUCUCACACUCUCUUACUCUCUUACUCUCUCUCACUCUCUCACUCUCUCACUCAUUCUCAUUCUCAUUCUCAUUGACGUUCCUUUUCUUUUUCUCUUUUUUCUGAUGGCCCAUUCACUUUAAGCAUUUCUUUCUUUUCUCUUCUCUUCUCUUCUCUUUUUCACCAAAAAGUUUUAUUGCAACAGCUUCAAUAAUAAUCAUGUCAACAGCCAUGCUUUCUGCACCUGCAGCAAGUCCUUUCUCAACCUCCUCCCCCUCCACCACUUCCUCAAUCAAUUCCUUUUUCGAGGAUAUUUCUCUUCUUCAAGACCUUUCACAUGAUUCCUCUUCUUCUUCCUCAUCGUCUCCUACAAUGACACCAACAACAACAACCACUACUACUACUACUGCUACUACUACUACACCUUCUUCAAUCAUAACCACUUUAACCAACACUACAACAACAGAAAUGUCUACUAUGCAACUAGUCUCACUAUCAAAUCUAAAGUUGAACAACGACAUGUUCUCCAAUCGAUCCCUCUCUAUCCAUCGUCGUAUCCUUGUCAAGAACUUCCUGACAUUGCUCUACCAACUCAGCCCACCCACUGCGACGAUGGAUGACUGGAUGCAGAUGCAGGCCUCGAUUGGCUAUGGAGCCGAUGACUUUCUCUCAUCCGAUCCUCUUCAGGGCACAGCAAAUGACAGUGACCUGUUGAUUAAAGAGGAUGAGCAGAGCGGAUGGAUGGAACGGACCUUGAGUGCUGCAGGCCUGAACGAUAACGAUACCGAUAAGAGAACCAAAGCUGACAGAAAAAACAACAAUAGCGCCCAUACAAACACCAAUCGAUCCACUGCAAAAGCUGAGAGCACAAGUUCAACGAAACAAAAUACCAACCCGUUUCUCAACUACACAAACAAUAAUAACAAUAAUACCUCAAACAACAAAUCCUCUGCUACUCCCACGACUACUCCAUCCUUGGUUCUCCCUCCGUCUUCUCCUUCUUCUCCUUCUUCUCCUUCCUCUUCUUCUUCUUCGUCUCCUCGAUCAGAAGAGCCCUCUUCAUUGACGACUAAACAAGCAUUACCUCGACCAAAGUCUUCUGAACUGCCUCAGUCACUACAUUCCUAUCUCUCAACCGUCUUUGAUGUCAACUGGUCUGUAGACCUUCCUAGUAAAGAGGACCUACUCUUCACCAGCUCCACCUCUUCCUCCUCCUCCCUCUCUUCUACCGGUCCAGGCUCUCCUCCAAUAGUAUCCAAACGUAAAUCCAUCUCAGCCGCAUCCGGACUAUCAUCUGUUUCAAAUGCCUACUCUUUCGAACCUACUGUUUCAGCCUCUUCUUCUUCUUCUUCUUCAGAUUCGACUUCAUCAGGACCCAGAUCCGGAUCCGGAUCAUCCUACAUGGCCUCGCCAAGGUCAUCUACUUCAUCAUCCUUUUCCUCAGUCUCGACCACAUCCAGUGCUUCGUCCGUGAGCUCCGUAGGAAGCGCCCUAACCAACUACAAUAACAAGACCGAUGGCCUGGACAGACCCAUAACUGGGACAGGAGCAGGAACGGGAGCAGGAGCAGGAGCAGGAGCAGGAGCAGGAGCAGGAACUGGAAAUGGAAAUGGAGCUGCAGGGACUGCCACUAACCCUGUCCGUAAGCUGCCUUUGCCCCCAAAUCCCACCGCUGCUUCUCGGGCCAACAGCAGCAACAAUACCAAUGUUCAAAUCACAAUUAACGGCCCCGUUGUUGCUGCUGGAUCCAAUAAUGGUGCACAUCAGAAUGCAACGGGAAACACUACCAAUGGCAUUGGCAGUGGAAUUAGUAAUACAGGCAGCAACACUCUUCAAGAAAACAAGAACCUGAAUAUGAACAUGAACACCACUAACCGAAAGACCAACGCCAAUGCUCAGCUCAAAGCACCACUCCUUCCUGGAAGGCGCUCUUCCUUGUUACAGACGGGUCAGAUACCACCCCCUAUCAAUUACAAUAAUAACAAUGGUAAUAAUGCCAAUGCCUCAAACAGGAUGAGCAUCAUCAAUACAAAUGCCUCCUCACUAGAACGGCCCCGUCCAUCGCCACCAACUCUCUCAGUGUCACCACCCUUGUCCCCUACUCCUGUCACUAGUCCAUCGGCCACAGCAGCAUCGCCUUCACUUUCGCCACCACUAUCCAAUGCCUCUCCGAACCAAGCGACUUCACCACCACUACUUCCGGCAAAGCCAUUCAUCUCCAAGAGAACGUCGUCGUUGCAAGUAGAGCGACCCAAAUCUGUCCAGCGCUCGUUCAGUGACAGCAACAAUGUCUACCAUCACCAAAGUCUCAGCCCUGUGUCCCCGACAAUGACUGCGACAACACUGUCAGUUCCAGAGGCCAAUAUCAUUGGACUGCCCCGGCCUAUUCUGAACCCGGCAUCACACCACGCCAGCUCACCACCGCCUUCGCCGUCAAAGACGUCUCUUUCCCCUACAGACUCUACCACGCCCACGACCACAUUGUCUCGAUCACCCUCUAGCACGGUCCACGUAGCGGUUCUGCAGACGAACCCCUAUAAGCGAUCUGCUUCGGAUGAGCAGAUUAUGAAGGCUCGGGUAGUGAGGGCACCCUCACCUUCAUCUUCGCCCUCACUUUCCCCUUUACCCUCUAAUUCGCCCUCGACCUCCUCUUCAUCUACGUCCCUAUCCACCGCCAGCUCAUCCGUCCCUCCCUCGCCCGUCAUAGCAGCGACACCAGCACCGGUGGCGAUGUCGAGACCUACGCCCACAUAUUAUCUAAAGUCUUCGAAAUCCAGUCCUUGUCUCAAAGAGUCAAUGUCUGAUGGGAAGAAUGUACAGGGAAAUGCGAGCAAUGCGCCAGUGAUGCCAGAUCUGUAUGCUCAACAACAAUAUCAGCAGCUCUAUAAUAACCAGCAACAACAACAACAACAACAACAACAACAACAACAACAGCAGCAGCAGUAUCAGUAUCAACAAGAUUUGGCACACCCACCACAGCCUGUUGCUGCUGCAGAGAACAGGGCUGGAUUAGGAACUGGAGUAGGAGCGGGACUUCGACUUUUGGCCAGGACUAGUUCUCAAAGGAGUAAAGCGGCAUCGACGAACGAGAACGGGGCUAGAGCAGGAGAUGGUGGAUUGGAUGUUUAUUCACAAAACAACCACGAAGGCUCUGGUCGGAAUCGUGGGCCUUAUGGUCAUGUACGUGGACAUGCGUAUGCACAGAGCAUGAGUAAUGUGAGUGUGCUAUCUGCAUCUGCAACAGAUCUUGAAAUGUCGAUCAAGUCGGCUCCUCUGAUGGAUCCAGGUCAAGGAAACGGUAGCUCGGGAAGAUCGAUGACGAUGGAUCACCACGGCCAUGGUAGUAGUAAUAAUCAUAAUAAUAACAACGGCAAUGGUGGCAAUAGCAACGGUGGCAAGCCAGCGGCUUCAUCUGGGCGUUGGACGUCGAUGAAGAUGAUUCUAGGCUUGCGAGUUGGUCAUGGUACCAAGAGCUAGAAAGAAACAUAGUCAUCAUCAACUAUCAUCUCUAUCCCGUUAUACCCUACCUCCUUUUUUACAGCCAUCCAUUCCAUUUAUUUAAGCCUUUUUUUAUUUUUUUUUAUUUUUUUUGUAUAGAGUUGCC